AUGUCGAGCCAAACUGGAUCGGUCUGCGUCGUUGGAGUUGGAUUCGUGGGUGAAUCCCUCCUUCGAGAGUUCAGCGCCGUCCACCCUACCAUUGGUUUCGAUAUCUCAGAGAGACGUAUACAAGAACUGAGAACCUCGUAUGCCGACAACAAGCAGAUCAUUCUCACGUGUGAUGAGGCUAUGCUUGAUCAGGCCCAGCAUUUCCUGAUUUCAGUUCCCACUCUUCUCAAAGCCGAUCACUCUGUGGAUUUCUCCCAUCUCAAGUCAGCAUUGUCGACUGUCUUUCGACAUGCUAAGCCUGGCAGCACCAUCGUCAUUGAGAGCAGCGUCUCAGUUGGGACAACGCGGCAACUGUUCGCUGCCACUGGCAACUUGUUCCACUGUGGCAUGUCUCCAGAGCGAGUUGACCCUGGACGAACAUUCCCAGCUGCUCACGACAUCCCCAAGGUUAUUUCCGGCCUUACCGCAGAAUCACUGGAGGUCAUCACCCAGCUAUACUCAACUGUCUUCCACAACGUUGUUCCCGUCUCGAAGCCCGAAGUGGCCGAGAUGACCAAGUUGUUUGAGAACUGCUAUCGAAUGAUCAACAUUGCCUAUGUCAACGAGAUCAGCGAUGCCUGCAGAACACUAGGCAUGGAUCCCAACGAAGUCAUUGAUGCCGCAGCCACAAAGCCAUAUGGCUUCCAAGCAUUCCGACCAGGAAUGGGCGUUGGCGGACACUGCAUUCCCGUGAACCCAUCAUAUCUGUUCGCGACAUGCCCAUCGCUACCAGUGUUGGAGAAGUCUACAAUCCUCAUGAGAAACCGACCGAUCAAGCUUGCACAAGAGUUAUAUGAGACAUGCGUGUCAACUACUCUGGCGUCAACAAACAUGGCUCCACGUGUUUUGGUGAUCGGCAUGGGCUUCAAGCCCGGACAAUCAGUGCUGUCACAUUCGCCUGGCAUCGACUUCUCUAAGGAGCUCUCGCGUCUCCAGUGCGACCGACUUGCAUACUACGACCCUCUUGUGCAGGCCACGGCGCUUCCCUGGAUGGAGAAGCUCGAGGCUGAUGAUUUCACCACUGAGGAGAUUGCCGCCGACUUUGACGUGGUGGCCAUCUGCUCCCGGCAACACGGAGUGGACUGGGAGGUCCUCAACCGGUUACCUGCAGAGAUGGUCUGGUCUUACGACUAG